UCAUAAGCUAGCAAGUAAGCUAACCAUCGUCAUAGUGAAAUUGCCCCUCAUCCUCGGUAUCGAUAGCAGCACUUGAGAUCCUUCUACUUUCACGACCCACUCUGCUACUAUUCUUUUCGCCGUCAGACUCAUACACUUAUUUUCGUUGUCUCACGGCCACAUGGGACUUUUUAUACGAAGCAGACAUUUGACGUCCGAUAAAUUUAACUUUCUUAUCUGUCAUUUCCACGAGCUUCUCGAACUUCUCCUAUAAAACCUUUCUACUCCUGACCGGUCUCCCUAUGUGCUGCCAAGCUCAGAGCAAAUAAUCUACCGAACUCGCCUAAUUUCAGAACUCAUCUUUUUGACGACAACAAACCUUUUGACGGGCAAGUUUAAUUAUUUGCAGGCUUUUGUUCUUCGCUCACUUAGUUACAAGAACAAAAGAUGCAAUAACGACAAAACAACCAGACUACUUGUUCAGCAAUUCAACAAAUCGGUAUAAAGUUACCGGGGCAACAGACGGAGAUGUUCAUGCGUAAUCAGCAUAGCCAGACACGUUUUGAUGGGUAUCGAUAGCCCCUAAGACAACAUGGAAGAGGAAGAUAUUCGUCAAGAAGAGUUGUCGACCAUAGCCGCCAUAUAUCCUGAGUUACAGGUCGACGAAAAUGAUCCAAAUACUGUCUCUCUCGAGCUCCUCGUGAGCUUGGCUAAUCCAUUGACUGUGCUUUUUCCAGCUGCUACUGAAGCGGCACCCCCGGUUGAGCCAGCACAAGAACAAAACCCAGCUACAGCAGCCUUGGAUUCUCAUGAUUUAUCGUACCUGCCUUCCUUACAGGUUCGCAUAGAAUUACCAGAUGGAUACCCCCAAGAAAAGCCGCCUAAAGUUAACAUCUCUACCACUCCUCCGUGGCUAUCAGAGAAAAUAUUGUCCAAGCUCGAGAAUGAUGUUUCAUCUCUCUGGGAGGAACUUGGUCGUGAUCAAGUCAUCUUUACUUACAUCGACAAUCUACAGCAACUAACCGAGAAUGUGUUUGGCUUGGUCGAUAAUAAGGGGUGCUUAGAAGUUGCACCAGAACACAAGAUUGCUAUACUAGACUACGAUAUCAAGGCUAAACGGAGAGCUUUCGAGAAAGAGACGUUCGACUGUGGCAUUUGUCUAGAGCCCAAGAAGGGCAUCGUGUGUCACAGGAUGCUGGACUGUAAACAUGUCUUUUGUGUCCAAUGUCUCCAAGAUUUUUACAACAAUGCUAUCACAGAAGGUGAUAUAGCUUCUGUCCAGUGUCUCGAGCCCAAUUGUGCCAAGAAACGCGAGGAUGCUGUCAAAGGCUCUAUCAAGAAGAAGAAAGCAAAGACUUUCAUUAGCCCUAGCGAACUCUUGCAGAUUCCCCUGGAGCACGACAUGGUUAUGCGCUACGUCAUGCUAAGGCACAAGACCGAAAUCGAGUCGGAUAAGAAUACUGUAUAUUGUCCUCGCUCGUGGUGUCAAGGCGCUGCUCGAUCGAAGAAGCACAAGAAGCCCGAGGGGCUCGAGUUCGCUGAUUCGUCUGACGAGGAUAGUGACGUCGAAGAGAACGGAGCAGAUAAGGUGGGAAAGAAGUUCGACACAACUGAAGAGUUGCUUGCUAUCUGCGAAGACUGCGGGUUUGCUUUCUGUACACGAUGUGAACAAUCAUGGCACGGCGAGUUCAAGCAUUGUGUGACUAAAGACCGGAAGAUCGCGAUGACAGAAGAAGAGAAAGCGUCCAUCGAGUAUAUGAAGCUUCACACAACAGAAUGCCCGACCUGUGCUGCUCCGUGUCAGAAGACUCACGGCUGUAACCACAUGCAGUGCUUUAAAUGUCACUCACACUUUUGCUACCUCUGUUCUGCGUGGCUAGAUCCCUCAAAUCCGUACAAGCAUUUUAACGUUCAAUCCUCAGGGGAAGUCAACGAUUGUUACAUGAGGUUAUGGGAGCUAGAAGGAGGUGACGGCGACGACGUUGGCCAGGCCUUCGAGGGUAACGCUAGGGAAAACCCGGACGCUCCAGCUGUUCAACCUGAACGACUUCUAGUUGUCCUCCCUCAUGCGGCACCUCAAAGACCUGCAAAUGAUCCGGGUGAUGGACAUGGUGAGGCUGAUGCAGAGGAAGCACCACGUCAACAGCCGCGACCAAGACCCGGUCAACCUCAAAUGCCAAGGGAUCAGCAAAAUGGAAGGGUCGCCGUCGCCCGCGAAGGGCCGCUCGUGCUCCGAAUCGAAGGUGAUGCGCCGCCGGUUCCGGCAGGGGUGAUACGACGUCUUCAGCCCGGCAUUCCAAAUCGCCGUGAAGAGAAUCAAGGCCUCAACAAUAACAACGCAGGCCAACGAGGGGGAAGAGGCGAUAGGAGAGGUAGAUUCCGGCAAAACAACCAGAAUCGACCUCAGGGGCAGAACCGUCAAGCGAACAACAACGGUCGCGAUGGCCAGAAUAGGAUGGGGGACGGUGAUGUGCCCCGAGGAGACGGCCAGUUGGAUGCCAGGGAAGAGGCAUGGAUUCGCCAAUUCGUGCAGCUUGCACUGAACGAUCAGGAAGAUCAACUCGAGGAUAGUGAUGACGAGUAAACAGGGGCAGCAACUUGAUAGGCACAAGUCGGCCUGGGCAGUAGGCAUGCGAGGCACAAAGAUUCCCAAGAUGGUAACAACGACACAGCCAGAGACUUCAAGAG